AUGGUCUUCAAGAGCUUCCAUCUCGCGCGCCAGAGUCUUGCCAAAGGCUUUACUCACGGUUAUGCUCAAUCUGUAGUUGCCGGUGUUUCUCCCCUAAACCUCAACCACGAGCGAUUCCGCAAGGGCCUCAAAAACCAACAUGCCUUUGCUUCCACCACUGCAGCCAUCAAGGCCUUGGGGCCGAGCUCCCACGAUCACCAGGAUUCCGGUCUAGCUGCUUACUACACGGCAUGGCAAAAGAGUCAACGUACCGAGGACACGGAGUGGUCGCAAUACCAGUUCCGCAAGCUCAUCGAAUGGGAUCCCAAGGCUUCGCAAAAGAAUGUGGUUGAGGCCAAGGAGAAUGAUGUGGCUGUUGAAGAGUCGACCGAACCUAUUCCAGCGCGGGCUGGGAUUAGUCGCGCGUACAGCACGAGCCAGGUCGAUGAUUUCAUGAAGGUUGCUGGCGAUGAGGGCGCGGAAAAGAUUGCCUUAGCGCAAGUGGAUGAGGCAAUCGCGCAAGAGACGGCUAAGCUUCAGGCAAACAACGAGGCCGCUCGAUUAGCUGAGGAACAUGCGUCAUCAAUCCAAGAGGAACGGCCAGUCUCACCCGCCACCGUCGCUGAUACGCUUGUGGAAUCGGUUACUCCAACCCGCACGGAAUCGACGCUUGCCCCGAGUCCAAUCGAAGCGGUCGACGAGUACACUGUGCAACUGGAAAGGCUCGCAGAAAACCGCAGAUAUGCCGAGGUUCCCGCAGUCUUCGAGUCCAUGCUUCGUUCUGGCAUCAAGCCUUCGGUUGCUGCAUACAAUGCUCUUCUGUCAGCAGCGAUCCAUCUUCCACAGGCCAAGCACCAGGCUGUCCCCAAGGCCCUGGAUGUUUACUCUGAUAUGCUCCGUCGACGAGUAGCUCCUGAUACGGCAACAUACACUGCGCUCCUCGAGCUUCUCUCAGUGCGAUCACUAGAAGUAGUGUCGAUGAAACAGAGCCUCGAGGAAAAACGACUACGCUAUGGCGGAUUGGAAGAGGAGGGCAGGUUCAUGCUUCAGUCAAACGAGACCGAUUACGCCAUCUUGGCCGAAGACGGAUCGCUCUCAGUCGCCGUCAAGCUCUUUGAUGCCGCUGUCAACAUCGAGUCAGGUCGAACCUUCUCGGAAAAGACUUACCGUCUGCUAGUCACCGCAUGUGCAGAGGGUGAGCGCGUGGAGGAUAUGGUGCGCAUCUACUCGCACAUGGAGUCUCGCACUGUAACCCCUGCUGGGGAUAUGUUUGUGCCCAUGAUUCACGCCUUUGGGAGGUCUGGCGAUCUGAGGAGCGCUGUCGAAUGCUACGAUGAAUACAAGGCACUUGCGAUCUCGAACGACAACGGUCAGGUUGAGCUUGUCAGGAAAGACAACGAUGUGUACGCUGCCCUGGUCAAGGCUUAUGCGAUCUGCGACCGCUUCGAGGGAGGAGAGAAAUUUCUUUCCAAGAUCGAAAAGGCCCUCACUACCCCGGAACACGUCAGAUCUGUGCGCGACAUUGUCACGUUGAAGGCUUUCCUGCCACAAUGGUUGAAAAACGGUUCUUUCCAGGAGGCUUUUGCACACGCUACCGAACACUUGAGCACACAGGCGCGCCACAUUGCCAUGGCUGCCAUCUGCAUCAAGGCAGCUGACCGCGAUGCGAUGAAUGUCGCCACUGAGGCUUUCGAUGCUCUUCCUGCAGAGACCGAUCUCGCUCGGCCAAUCAUGGCAAUGGGAGCUAUGCACAUCCGCAAUGGAAACAUUGAGGCUGCAGAGAUCUUCUGGAGAAUGCUCGAGCUUUCGCCUACCAAGCCUGAGUUUAUCGAGCCUACUUCCAUGCACACCAUUGCACUGAUUGGGAGUGGACAUGCUGAGCGUGGUCUCCGACAGGGUCGUCAGAUGUUUGCUCGCAUUCGCGACUCGCAGACGGGCUCUAACCAGGCCAAGAUGGAGGUCGUUGAGCACAUCGACGAGGCUAUCGAGGUAACGGGACAAUUUAUGAUGAAACGUGGUAUCUUCCUUCCGCCGCGGGCGUGCAUGGAAUUGAUGUGGACGAUGAUUGAGAACGGCGGCCUAGUCACCCCAGUUGCUUUACACCUACUUGCUGGUAUGGGACCUCAGGCCAUCGCUCAACUAAGCUUCGAAGACAUCACUCUCCUGAUGCAAGUCCAGUCUGGGAUUAUUCUCCAGACGGCAGAUGCUGAUGCUGCUCACGCUUCUCGGUUCUCCCACCUCCUCGAGGUCAUUACCUCCAGCGGCAAGCCGGUCAAUAAGACGACGUCUGGAAUUGUUGAGCAGGUUCUUCCCAAGCUUGACCGAGGCGACCUUCAGCACCGAUGGUAUAGCUACAAGCACCCCGCCCCCGAGUCGAUGUACUCUCCAGCAACACCCGCAGCACCCACCUUUGAGGAUCAGUACGACCCAUAUGCUGCGUCGACGGACAACAAGGGCUCAGUUGCGAUUACGGAGCUGCUCGAGAAGACUCACGGACGACCGUCGUCGCACCUCAAUGAGGCUCUGAUGAAGUUCAGGAACAUGCGCCGAGCCGGACGUCAUCCUCGCUUCUUCACCUACGCCAAGCUCAUCACUGCUGCUGCGAAGGAGGACCGCCUGACGUUGGCUCACGACAUGCUCAACCUCGCAAAGCAGGAUGUACCUCUUCUACCACAAUACCGCAUUGUGCGUUACGGCUGGGUUACUAUCUUGGAUGCUAUGGUGGCUGCUUGUCUCACCUGCGGUCAGCGUGAUCUUGCUGGUCGAUACCACCAGGAUCUACUCGACAUGGGUGCUGCUCCUACCGCUAACACGUUUGGUCUCUACAUCACGACGCUCAAGGAGUCAACCAAGACGUUCGACGAAGCGACUGAGGCGGUCAAGAUCUUCCUCCGCGCCAAGUCUGAGGGUGUCGAGCCAUCGUCGUUUCUCUACAACGCUUUGAUCGGCAAGCUUGGAAAGGCGCGUCGUAUCGAUGACUGCUUGUUCUACUUCUCCGAGAUGCGCAACCUUGGUAUUCGCCCGACGUCCGUCACUUACGGUACCAUUGUCAACGCGCUCUGCCGUGUCAGCGAUGAAAAGUUUGCCGAGGAGCUCUUUGAGGAGAUGGAGAGCAUGCCCAACUACAAGCCCCGGCCUGCGCCCUAUCACAGUAUGAUGCAGUUCUUCCUGACGACCAAGCGCGACCGGAGCAAGGUGCUCGCCUACUACGAGCGUAUGCGAUCAAAGCACAUUGAGCCCACCACGCACACCUACAAGCUGCUGAUCGACACCUAUGCCACGCUUGAGCCAGUCGAUAUGGAGGCUGCAGAGCGCGUGUUGGAGCAGGUCCGCCCCGCCGGUGGGAUCCCAGAAGCCGUUCACUACUCUUCUCUGAUUCAUGCCAAGGGCUGCGUCCUCCACGACAUGGAAGGUGCGCGCAAGCUUUUCGACACGGUGCUUGGGGAUUCCCGAGUCCGACCUCAAGCUUGCCUCUACCAGGCGCUGUUCGAAGCUAUGGUGGCCAACCAUCAGAUUGAGCACACGCAGUCUAUCCUCGAAGACAUGGCUGCGCGCGGUGUCGAAAUGACACCCUACAUUGCCAACUCGCUCAUCCAUGGCUGGGCUCUAGCGCACGACAUCGCGAAGGCGAAGACUAUCUACGAGUCGGUGCCAGAGCACAGGCGUGAGCCCAGCACGUAUGAAGCGAUGACGCGUGCGUACAUGGCGGUGGAAGACCGGGCGGCGGCCAUGACUGUUGUCAAUGAGGGCCUGUCGCGAGGCUACCCUGCUGCCGUCGCCGGCAAGAUUCUCGAGCUUGUUGGUGGUGGUCGCGCGUCUGUGUCUGUGCCUGUACCUGAGGUCACUGCUUGA